GGUCGAUUACUCAGGGAAAUCAGUUUAGUUAUUCGUUCUCCUCACUGUGUUAAUUCUAUAUUUUUCAUAUUCACGCUUACCGUAAACCACACUCGAUGAACCACAUGUCGAAAUGAAGAGACGAAGUAUUGAUCCUUCGAAACUUAGAAGACCUUUAAAACGUUCUCGCAUCACAGAAUCGAUAUAUGGAAGUGUAUUUCUGUACGUCAGAUUUUUCUUAGUAUGGAUUAUGGUGUUGACUGCCGACUUCCUAUUGGAAUUUCGCUUUGAAUAUCUUUGGCCUUUUUGGCUACUGUUACGGAGUGCUUACGACUCGUUCAAGUACCAAGGUUUGGCUUUCUCUCUUCUGUUUCUCACACUGGCGUUCUGUUCAGACUUAAUAUGUUUGAUGUUUCUCCCUGUGCAUUGGUUAUUCUUUGCGGCUAGCACAUACGUCUGGGUUCAGUUCGUCUGGCAUACAGAUCGUGGUUUAUGUGUUCCAACCGUUAGUCUAUGGUUACUGUUUGUAUAUGUAGAAGCGUCGGUUCGACUUCGCGAACUGAAAAAUCUCCCAUUUCAUUUAGACUUAUGUCGACCGUUCGCCGCUCAUUGCAUUGGUUAUCCUGUUGUUACACUUGGCUAUGGUGUUAAGAGUUAUGUAGGCUAUAAAAUGCGUCAGAGAAGAGUACAGCAUGUUGCUAAAGAAAAUGAGUUUUAUAUGCAGCUAAUUAAUCUGGCACUGCCUCCUGAAACAAAUAACCAUGCAGAGGCAACAGAGAGAUCAUCAAGAGCUAUAUGUAAUGGUAAAGUUGCUAAUGGCGAAGUCGCAUCACCAAGAGGUCGGCCUGUACCAGUAAUGACAAAUGGAAUUAACACUAAAACAGAUCUUGAACUCUUAAUAGCUAAAGAGGCCAGUCGUCGUGGCUUAAAACUAAGUGAUCUAGAGUCAAGGCCUACUUUGAAGGGAAAUGCAUUGUUGAAAGAACUUGACGUGCUUUCAAACUUUACAUCGAAGAAGACCAGCGAGGAUCAUAACUUAAAUGAACUUGAUAAACUUUCGUUAGAGGGGAGUCAUAAGAGCGGGAAAGUAGGGCAGCAACCUCGCGCAGCACUCAAUGGAGUUAUAGGAAAAUCCUCAAAGAAAAAUGGCGCAAAAGGAAAUGAAAAGUUGAAGGAGUACGACGAGAAUGACGAAGAGGACAAUGAUGAGUCUGAUAGUGAUUCUUUAAGUGCGUCGAGUAGCUCCAUCAAUAACAGUCGAAAGAACAGCAGGAGUAACUCACCCAAGGGACAUGAGAAAUCUCAGUCAGUUGACCUUGGACCCAGUCUCUUUUCUCAACUUAAAGAGGAGAGGCUGCUACGUCGUCGUGCUGAGAGCAAUUUAUCCCAACUAGAGAAUGAUAGUAAACGACUCAGAGUGGAACUGCAGACGAGUCGGCAGGGAGAGCAGGAACUGAGGUCCACUAUGCACAGCCUGAUGGCCAGUGAGCGCUCCACUAAGGUAGAAUUACAGCAGUUAAAGGCUGAGUGCGAGGUUAUUCAACAGAAAUUGCAAAACAUGUCGUCUGCGCGCCAGCAAGAUCGUAAUACAGUCUCCUCUCUGGAACGAAAGCUAAAAACUGAGCGAGAUUCCCGGCUUUUGGCGGAGAGUCAGUUGCGCGAGGAGCGCAAAAGACAAAAAGCUGAGGACGCCGCAGCAAAGCAGCGCGAUGAAACGACAGGCCAUGAUGCGUGUAAUGCGCUUAGGAUCGAGCUGGAAGAAGACAGCCGCCAGUUGCGUGCUCUUCUGCAGGAGAAGGAAGAAGAAAUAAAACGCGUCGACAAGGAGGCUGAAACGCUGCGACAGAAGACCAGGGAAUAUGACAGCAUGCAGCUGAAGAAGGAAACGGAGGUGUUAAUGUCUGCGCUGACAGCUAUGCAAGGCAAAAACACUCACCUAGAAAACAGCUUGAGCUCGGAGACUCGCUUGAAGCUGGACUUGUUCUCGGCGUUAGGCGACACGCGCAGACAGCUGGAGAUUGCACAAACCAACCUUAAGACCAAGGAUCGAGAGAUCGAAUCCUUGAAGCUGAAGAUCGCUGAAGUGAUGGCUGUCAUGCCCACCGCUACAACCUACACUGCCGGCGAUUCGCCCGGAGUUCCUCGCUUCGCCUCCAAUCAUCUCAUCUCUCCAAAUCACAUUGAGUUGUCCAACAGUGGCCUCGAUCCGAGCGCUCCCUGCUACAUUCCUGUUUGUAAGAGUCCCAAAGGCUUGCUGUAAGACGCCUGAAGGAUUUCCCGUAUUUGUCGCUACCCUGAUGUUGCUCUUAAUUUAUAAUCUUAACUAAGUUAUUGGGUUUGUCAGUUGGGUAGCAAGGUGGAUCAAGUUUGCGUGCUUUACAGUUUUUGUCUGGGAAUGCUUGUCUUUAGCUUAUAUUUUGUUAAAUGUAAUACUAAUGUUGUAUUAGUUUGGAGAAAGAAAGUGUGGUUGCACUUUAUCUGUUUCUGAUGUCAUAGCGCGUUACUUUCAAAUUCAAGGCAUUUUCGUCGCUUACUAAUUGCGUCUGUCAUGGUUGAAGUGGAACGAUUCUUAGCUUCUCAUCAGGCUACGGUUCACACGGUACCGGACGAAUUUUCCAUCAGUGGAAAAUUCGUGCGUUUGGGCGUUUCGUUCACAUGGAACCACGCCAAACGUGAGGAAAUUUGGACGCCCAAGCGUUGGAAAACUUGAACACCAAAAUAGAGGACAAAUUUUUUUCUCGUAAAUAUGUAGGCCAUGCCUAACUUACCACGCACGUAGGCGACGUUGUGUUGAUGUCUUGAUAAUGUCACAAAAUCGAGUUAAAAAACGUCGUACAUCUUUCUGUAAAUCGAAAACGUCGAAGCAGCGAAAACGCUGGACGCCAUUUUGCAUUGGGUUAAGAAGCGUCUUGCGCAUGAGGAGACGGUAAAACGCUGAAAAAUGUCAUAAAAUUCAUCUUAUUACCAGUUCCAUCUGAUCAGAACGAAACUUUCGCGCGGUUCCGUGUGAACAGAAUGUCCGGUCGAAAUCUUUGGCCUGUCGAAAAUUCGUUUGGCACCGUUUGAACGUAGCCUUAGUUCGUUCAUUGUUGAUACUUGUGGACUCCUCUCUUUCCUAACCGCAAGCGAGAUUCAUAGCACUUUUCACAUCUAAGUAAUCCUUCUAAC